AUGGACGAUGAGGGUUUCAUAUGGACUGACUUGGUUAAUAGCAUUUUUAGUGAGGAGGAAGCGGCACUAAUUUUGAGUAUCCCUCUUAGUUAUUUCCGGACUCCGGAUACUUUAAUUUGGACUAAAGAGAAGAAUGGUACUUUCACAACGAAGUCUGCUUAUCAUGUGGCUCAUUCAAGCGGUGAGGACUAUGGGACGGGACCUGCAAGUUCUAAAAUGGAUGCAGGGGUUAAAUGGCUAUGGAAGGCUCUUUGGAAAGCUUGUGUGCCUACGAAAGUAAAGAAUUGUGUCUGGCGGUGUUGUACGAAUGCUUUACCGACUCAAGCGAACUUGCAAAAGAGGAAAGUUAUCACCACUGCGACUUGUAUUUUUUGCAAGUGUGAGAGGGAAACGGUUGAACAUGUGUUACUUGAGUGUCCAAGGUCGGUCUCUAUUUGGUUUUCGAGUUCGUUGAGCUUGAGAACGGGAGGCAUGGGAAGUGGAGGAUUCCAAAUUUGGAUGAUUCAAAUGGCGGGAGAACUUUCGAAGCAAAGUUUUGAUCUUGCUUUGGUGUUGAUUUGGAGCAUCCGGAAGGAACGAAACUCAUCUCUGUGGACGGGUAGCGGAUAUCCAUUGUCGAACCCAAGCAUGGCUCCAUGA